AUUUCAUUGGUCGACUUUGCUUUUUUUUUCCCCAUCAGAGAGUUUCAACUUCAAGCUAUGCAAUGCCCUAUACGCGGCGACGCGCGUAUGUCGUGUACCCUGGCUAUCGACCUGCGGAGGCAUAUGAGCCCAACGAGUUACAAAUCUUCAUUGCCAUCAUCUCUUUGGAAAUACCAAUCACGACGUCAGAACAAUCACAUCAUGAAGAGACCAUUCGAAAGCACUCAGACUGACUAUGUUGCGGCCACUGGCACAAGCGAGACGACCCCAUGGCUGCAGCACACACGCUGGGCUAAGCUAUUCCGGAAUAGAUCACUCGAAAUCAUUGCCGCCACGGCGAAGCUACCGGCCUCGCAAUGGAGUAGAAGAUACCUACUUGGUCAAUGGCAAGGACUUUAUAUCUGGAGCUCUGCCGAAACUGAAGCCCAGUUGCAGGUUAUCCUUCGCGGGCUAGACUUGAUGUUCGACAGGGCAAGAGCUACGCUUGAUCGCACGCCAUAUAUCUCGCGCUGUUGGCUAAAUACAUAUGCUAAAGAUGCUUUUUGGCCGCAUGGAUUUCGAGUCAUACCAAGCUUUAAGAAGUAUCUGGCAAUAUGGAAAAGAUUCAUCUGCUUCGUAUUUCGCGCUCUGCAAUACCCGUCUCGGCAGCGUAAGGAGGUAUAUAACUUGCGUUUGGGAUCCAAUGAGAUUAAUAUGAUGCAGCAUAUAUUAUAUCUGGUCGGUCAACUGCAACUAGGAGAGGAUGGCAACGUCAGCGACAGCUCAGACAGUGAGGGUGACGAAUCUUAUGGCCAAGACUGGCACGACGACUGCGAAAUUCCUUCAGAGCUUGAAAAUUCAGUUACCGACCAAGACUUUGACACAAGUACAGACGAGGAUGAGGAAGUAGGUAGAGAUCAAACAUCAGACUCCGAAGGAUCUGGCUUCUCUCUUCCGAAUGGUAACUGGCUGCGGCUGUCUGAGGCUUUAUUCCAAUUAUCAAUGAUGUUUUGGACAUAUCAAGAUCCCGCUGGAAACCUGUCAUCUUCGACCAUCGUCCACUUCACUGCUGUCAUGGGCAUUCGACAACAAUCCCUUGCCUUCCACUCGGCCCAUAAUUCUACAAGUGAGCUAGCAGGAUUGAUCUGGAUCGGCCGAUUAUUGUUCCUCGAGUAUGCCUUGCCGGUCUAUAGCUAUUCUACUCUGGUUUACGAAUGGCCUCGUCGAGAUCAUUAUCCAUCGCAGCCUGACCGCUUGGAUGCGAUUCGCAAGAAGUACUUGAUUCGAGGCUGCUAUACCCAGUGAUCGGAAUGGUCUGGUCUGACUUGGUCUUGGUCUGGUCUAGACCGCCAAGACUUGGUCUGGUCUGAGGAUUUCUCAAG